CAUAGUUAGCAGUAUUAUAAAAUAUAAAUUGCUUGUUUUAUCUGUUUCAGUUUUGUAUGUUCGAUAACGUUUGAGUUUUUAUAAAUUUGCCGGUCGUUGUAUGCAAUUUUGAAGUUAAACGAUGGCCGCGGGACCGAUAGCAGAAAGAAAUCAAGAUGCAACAAUUUAUGUUGGUGGUCUUGAUGAAAAAGUCUCGGAUACGCUCAUGUGGGAGUUAUUUGUUCAAGCAGGUCCUGUAGUUAAUGUUCAUAUGCCAAAAGAUCGAGUGACACAGUCACAUCAAGGCUAUGGUUUCGUUGAAUUUCUUGCCGAAGAUGAUGCCGAUUAUGCUAUUAAAAUAAUGAACAUGAUAAAAUUGUAUGGUAAACCAAUACGCGUUAAUAAGGCUUCUGCUCAUCAAAAGAACCUUGAUGUCGGUGCCAAUGUAUUCAUUGGUAAUUUGGAUUCAGAAGUUGAUGAGAAAUUGCUGUACGAUACUUUCUCGGCUUUUGGUGUAAUUCUACAAACCCCCAAGAUAAUGAGAGAUCCUGAUACAGGCAAUUCAAAAGGAUUUGCAUUCAUAAAUUAUGCUAGUUUUGAAGCAUCUGACGCUGCAAUAGAAGCUAUGAAUGGUCAACAUUUAUGCAACAGAGCUGUAUCUAUUUCAUAUGCAUUUAAAAAAGAUGUUAAAGGGGAACGGCAUGGAUCAGCCGCUGAGAGACUAUUGGCAGCUCAAAAUCCACUUAGCCAAGCUGAUCGUCCCCAUCAACUGUUUGCUGAUGCACCACCAACUCAAAUGCCAAUGAUGCAUCAAAUGCCAGUACCACCUCCACCUAUUAUGCAACCUCCUAUGCAAGUACCCAUGUCCAUGAUGGCUCAACAUCAAAUGGCACCUCCACCUCGAAUCAUGCCUUGGCAAAAUCAACAGACACCCCCCCAACCGCCAUCAUACCAACCACCACCGCCACCACCGCCGAGUUUCAACAAUUUUGCACCACCAGGAUUCCAUGGUGGGUUUGUGCCACCACCUCCUCCACCUCCAACACAACAGGGACAAAUGCCACCACCACUACCACCUUCACAUCCUGGUUUACCGUCGCAUAUGCAAGGCCACAUGAUGCCACCGCCACCACCUCCCAUGUCCAUGGGUGGUGGACCACCAAUGCCACCACCUCCACCAAUGCAACCAAAUAAUAUGAUGCCAAUGAACUGGAAACCAAGUAUUCCACCACCACCACCUCCUGCGCCUGCUUAAAAUAUCUGAGUACAACCAUUUAUGUUUAAUUAUAAUUAUUGUAUGAAUAUUGUAACUAGCAUUCUUGAAUGUGUAUACAACAAAUGAAUAUAUUAAUGCAAAUAAUUUUUAUACUUGAAAAAAUUAAAGCUAUAUUUUGUUUCAUUCA